CAGUGGCGGAAAGUGUGGGCUACCUAAUGUCUUUGAUGUUCUCUAACAGAAAGAGGCCUGGUCUGAGUGAGGUGACAAUGAUAGUGUUUGUGAAUCAGAUGCUGCUCAUGAUGGCUGGAGAUGUGGAGCGAAACCCUGGCCCUGAUACCCUAACCACGGAUGAUCUUGCAACACUAGUAAAUGAACUCAACGAAGUUAAGGACAAGUGGUAUCAUCUCGGAGUGCAGUUAAAGAUGAAGCCUGCAGAUCUUAAUGCCAUUCGAAUUGAGUUCAUGAACAAUGCUAAUAAUUGUCUGUUGGAGAUGUUGAGUGUCUGGCUCACCAAACUUCCCUCUCCUCCCACCUGGCAGACAGUGGUGGAUGCUCUAUCUUCCCCUGACAUAGACAGACCAGCUGUAGCUCAACGUAUCAGACAGACCUACUUGAGUCAGGACCCUGCCAGUGCUGCCACUGAUACUGUGAAAAAGAAGCAACACUUCCUCACCACAGAACAAAUAGAGUCUAGAAUGGAAGAACUUGAGAAUGAGUUUGAAACACUGAAAGAUGAUGUGUACGAGUCAGUCAAGACACAGCCAGUGGAUGUCUUCAAAGUCAAACUGACGUCAUUCAAGAUCAGGGACAAGGAGUGCCACAUGGACCACAUGAAGAAGAUGAUUCAUCAAAAGAUUACAGUCACUGACAUUUGGGUGGAGCUGAACCAGUACUUUAACUUCCUCAAUCAUACCAUUCUGCAACACAUUUUGACCAAAUUCCCAAACAAACAACUACAAAGUAGAAUGGAUGAAUACAGAGAAAGGCUUUACUCAUUCUUUACGCAAACACGACUUUGUGACUUUCUGCAAUGUUGGCCAAUGAUGGGCCAAGACUGCCCAACAAAGGAACUCCGGGAAUUUGUAGUAAAGAGCAGUGAAGACUGGGAAACGUGCACACUAGCAGAUCUGGACAACUUGAAAGGAAAACUGGCUACAAAACUACUACUACCAGACUUCACAUUCAUCCUCACCAGAGCCAGUAGGGGGUGUCUGGAACUGACUUUCUCAAUUCCACCUUCUCUAGUCAACUACUUACAUACCAUUGUGAAGGCAACUGAAUUAACAGAGUUUGGAGACAUGGAGAUAGAGACCAUUACAGUGGACGGUGUUGUCUGCUAUGUGACUCCACUACUGCAGUACACCACUCUCUUGAAGCAGCUGUACACAUCCAGGAGCCCCCUCACGCCUCUCUCUGACUCCAAACCCAAACCCCUGCUCCCAUUCCGUCUGGCCAGGAUUGAGAAACAGAGCCUCUCCCAAUCAAACAUGGACAGGUUCACUAGAGAGAGCCUGCGAGGAGACAUGGACGACGUGGUCUACAAGAAGACGGCCAUGGAGUUGAGUCAGCUGGGAGUGAUAGGGGACGGCUCUCCGCCACAGGUGGUCCUGAUAGAAGGGGCUCCGGGAGUUGGCAAGACCACGUUUGCCUGGCACCAGUGCCGGCAGUGGGCAGAGGGCAAGCUGCUGCAGGCCUACUCCAUUGUGCUACUGCUGCCCCUCAGAGACGACAACGUCAGACAAAUCCGCUCCCUCUCCAGCCUCUUCCAACACAGCAGAGGACAAGUGAGAGAGGAAGUGAGCAGAAGAGUUGCAGAGAGUGGUGGUGCUGGAUGUCUGAUUUGGCUGGAGGCCUGGGACGAGUUGCCUGGUGAUCUGAGGUCAGACUCUCUCUUUACUGAACUGAUCCAAGGCAUCCAGCUACCUGCUGCCACCAUCUUCAUCACAACCCGACCCUGGGCCACUGGAAGUCUGCUAGAGAGAGUGGGAGACAGACUAUCACAGCACACAGAGUUACUGGCACUGGCAAAGGAGGAAGUUGAGAAUCAAAUCACAGCAAUGAUUGUUGCCAUCCAUUCUCAGACAAGCGCUGAUUCAGGAUUCCACUUUUCAAAGUUCAUUGAGUCCAAUCCCGUGAUACGUGCAGCCAUGUACACCCCAGUCAGUGCUGCCAUUGUAGAACAAGUGUUCAAGUCUGCCCCACACAAUCCUCCGACCACCGUCACUGGACUCUACUCUGCCUUCGUCCUCAUGAGACUGGAGCAACACCUCUCAGAGCACCCGGAGUACAGCCACAUGAACAUAAAAGUGAGGACACUGGCCGAUCUACCAGAGAGAGUGCUGGGGGACUUGCAG